CUCACUUCCAGCCCCGCUCGCCGUCAUCCUGUCAUCCGCGCAUCACGGGCAUCUCGGUGGACGGAAAGCCAGCAGUUAGUGACGCCGGUGAAAUCCGCUCACGACGGCGAGACAGACAGUUAUGGAGGACGGCAUCGAUCCAGUUAGGGUAGCGGAUCUGUUGAAGGAAGGAGGACUGCCGUCUCAGAAGCCCACUGUCUGCUGUCAGCCUUCAGGUUCACUGGAAACCAGCAAAUACACUAACUCUACAUACCUUUGCGUGGGCUGCUGUCAGUGCUGCUGUGUGUCAUUUAUUAUUGUUGGCCAUCAUUUGGCUCCCAUGCUCAUAUAGAAGAUUUGCAGACUUGAGCGGAGCAGGAUGUCGAACAACAUGGCCAAGAUCGCCGACGCUCGAAAGACAGUAGAACAGCUGAAACUGGAGGUGAACAUAGAGAGGAUGAUGGUGUCCAAGGCAGCCGCUGAACUCAUGGCUUACUGUGAAUCUCACGCCAAGGAGGACCCGCUGGUCACCCCAGUUCCCUCCUCCGAGAAUCCGUUUCGAGAGAAGAAGUUGUUCUGUGUCGUGCUUUAAGCCCUGUGUGUUCAACACAAUACACUGUUUUACAGCUCUCAGUUUCUUGGAGAUUUACUUAGACUGUUGUAGUGAGUUUAUUUAUUUAUAUCUAUUUACAUUUUAGGAAACUUAUUCCUAUAAAGAAGUAAAAAAAAUCCAAUGGACCCAUGAAUCUGAGCAUUACUUUUUCAUUUAUUACUCCUUGGUGACUCACUGUCAUCCUUUAAAGAACACAAUGACAGAAAUAAAUUUUUAUUGAAUGUGGGUACAAAGUGCAGCCCAGUGUCACUGCCUCUCCUUGUGUACACAGCUUAUACAUUAACUCUUCAAUAGCAAAUGGACACAUUCACUCACGCUCCAAAGCUUUAAAACUGUUUAAAAUUCAUAAAAGUAUCUUAGUUUUACCAGUUGUAGGUUACAUUUAAACAACAAAUUACACUAUUCGGGUGUGAUCUCUGGUUGCUGUGCUCUAAAUAAAUUCUACAUCCACUCAAGCAUCAA